AAAACAACACAGACACACGAAAAGACGCCAGAAAAGCGCGUGCGGAAGAGAGGGAGAGAGAGCAGCGUCGGAGGCCUCCUAAAAGGCCCUCACGCACACGGCGAACAGAGCUCGGGUGAGAAACACACAGUAUGGCGAUAUAAAGCAGACUUACCUCGUCAUUCUUGACGUGUAUGUGUGCCAGAUCAGCAGCCAGAGAGCGUUGGAGGUGAGAGGACCGUCAGCCUCUCGAGUAGCCAGAGCAGCGUCAGAGGUGAGAGGACAUUCAGUUUGUGGUGUAUCACCCAGGUAUUACCUGUGAUCGUUACGGUAUUACUCUUUUCUGGUGGCGUAGGUUUCGUACGGACGGUCGGUCGGUCACUGCCUAAGGUGCGAGACGGUGUGUUUCAUAUGAGACAGACGUUCCAAGACGAAGAUGUAGAAGAGAACACAGACAACACCAUGACAAACAUGUACGAAAACACGUAAGGACACGCAACAGAAACCAUCGAUUGUCAACAGGCCAAGACACCGAGGCGUCUGGACAUGCACAUCGUAUCAAAUCACACGCAAAAAGGUGAGAACAGUCCUGGCGAUCAAUAGAGAGACACAUACAGCACUGGCACGGAUGCAGACAGAGCAUGAGCAUUGCAACACGACAGAACGACAAGCAGGACAGCUAAUAGUAAGCCAAUAAAUAUACACAUGCACUGCACACAUAUACACAAAGAAAGCAAGACACGCUUAACGGACCUCCGUUGCUGGCAAUAUACACCCCAUUGCCGUCGGUGACCUCCAUUGCUGGCAACGGACUUUCAUUGCUGGCAACAGACCUCUGUUGCGGGCAAUGACCCUCAUUGCUGGCAACGGACCUUUGUUCCCAGCAAUAUUGAAGGUCUGUUGCUGGCAACAAAGGUCCGUUGCCAGCAAUGAGGGUCCAUUGCCCGCAACAGAGGUCUGUUGCCAGCAAUGAAGGUCCGUUGCCAGCAAUGGAGGUCACCGACGGCAAUGGGGUGUAUAUUGCCAGCAACGGAGGUCCGUUAAGCGUGUCUUGAGGACAGUGAGGCUUACUAAAACGGGCAGACAUCUGAGUCGAACACAGCGAGGACUUGAUGAGCGGGCAGUCUCUCUAUCAGGGCCUCGACAUUUGAUCCUGACAGCUUCCUCGGCCCACACACAAACGCCACAUACACACACACACACACAUCCACCCACACCUCCCACACAGCGACGCCUCUCUCUCUCUCUUCUCUGUGUGCAGAGUUCAGCGACGCCAUCGACGCAAACGACAAGGACGCCGUCCAACUGUGGGCUGCUCUCGCCAAGGCCGAUGACCAGUCGGUUCUGGGCAAGCUCCUCAAGAGCGUGGCCCCCAACAAACUCGACAUCAAGAAGGCCAAGGACAUCAAGAAGAAGCUGGACAAGAAGUGAUUCCACACACACACACACACACAUACACAUAUCUCCUUAUCGGUCAUUUUGUGUUGACGCCCUGGCUUGCCAUCGUUUUAAUCUGCACCUCCCGGCCGAACCACACCUGCUCUGCCUCUUCAUGCUUGCUCGUGCUGCGCUGCGCUGUGCUGUGCUGUGCUCUGCUGUGCUGUGCUGUCUGCUCGUCCUCGUGCCUGCUUCAUGCUGCGUAUUGGUCACCCUACACCACACACACACAGACACAGACACACAGACACACAGAAUUGCAUGAUCUGUGAUGUGCCGUGCCUUCUCUUUAUUCAAGCCACUCACUCACCUUCAUGCUGUUCCAUGAUGGGAUGCUUCACGUAUGGACACACCUCCCCAUUCUCCUUCAACAGCGCUGUC